AUGCAGCUGUGGUGUCCCACCCCUGCACAACCUUAUUGUGUACCAUUUCCAACUGAAGCAGAAACAUUACAUCAAAAUACAGAGUUAAAUGAUGUAGAGACAGGCAGUAACUCUGAUAUUUUUCAUGCAUCAUCUGAGCAUGUACCUGUGUCUGUAUCAGUACCUGUACCUCAACUGUUACCAAAACGUAUCAUCCAAGUGCACAGGCUAAAUAUUAAGAAGGAUUUGAUUGACUUAUUCCGAGAUCCAUUAAUUAUGAGUCAGGACAUAGAGAUAAUUGUUAUUGAUGCUAGGGGAGUUGAAGAAGUGGGAAGAGGUGUUGGGUUGCUCAGAGAUGUUUUCUCUCUUUUUUGGAAAGAAACAUAUGAUUCCCUUUUUGUUGGAGAAAAUGAGCGUGUACCAUUUGUAAGACAUGAUUAUCAAAGGGAUGAAUGGGUUGCUGUUGGCAGAAUUUUGGUGAAAGGAUAUUUAACCUGUCAAUACCUACCAGUCCUUUUGUCUCAAACAUUCCUUGCCUGUCUUUUUUGGGGGGAAUCUGCAGUAACUAGUGCUAUGCUGACUCAAUCCUUUAGAAAUUACAUUUCAGUUGAUGAAAAAUGUUUGAUUGACAAGUGCCUUGCUGGUGAUAUGAAGUGGGAUGAUGAAGAUGAAAUGUCCCAGCUUUUAGAAGUUUUUAGUAACUAUGACUGUCGAAUUAUAGUAAAUUCUGAGAAUAUUAUUCAAGUUAUUGAAGAAAUAGCCCAUAAGGAGCUGCUGCAGAAGCCACAGUAUAUUGCAGACUGCUGGAAGGAUAUAGUUUCCACACUCCUUCCUAGUUUUCCUGAUUUUGCAGCAAUUUCCAAAAGGUAUGAAUUUUUAAUACCAUCCACAAGCAAAAUCCUUAGUUGCCUAGAGGCAAACCCUGAGAGUGAUGGGGAAAGGGAUAGCCUUAAGUUUCUCAAACGGUAUAUUAAGGGCCUUGACACGCCUCAGAAAUUAUCAAAGUUUGUAAGGUUUAUCGGUGGGUCUGAGUUAAUGCUUUUUGACGCAGUCCAAGUAAAUUUUACCAACUUAUCUGGUUUGGGUCGCCGACCAAUUGCCCACACAUGUAAUACUGUGUUGGAGCUAUCCUCGACUUAUCAGUCAUUUCCUGAACUUAGAGAGGAGUUCAGUGCAAUACUUGCAUCAGAUUAUUGGGAAAUGGAUAUUGUGUAA